UACUUGCAAGUUCCUGCCUCGACAGCAAUCAUCAUGGAUACUGUGUUCUUAACAGAGGACAAAGCCAACUCUGUGUUGAAAAGAUACCCAAGAGCCAACACAUUUCUGGAAGAACUAAAGCAAGGUGACAUAGAGCAUGAAUGCAAAGAAGAAAUCUGUAGCUAUGAAGAAGCAAGAGAAGCAUUUGAAAAUGAGGAAAAAACGAAGGAGUUCUGGAAAGUCUACAAAAACGGACUCCAGGGAGAAAGUAACACAGGACAUACCUGGUAUUCAUUUUACCUUGCGUUCCCAUUAAUCAUUGGCCUUUUCGUUAUCCUCAUUGUCAUUUUUGUCAUCUGGAGAUGCCUGUUUAAAAAGAAAAUGCGUAGGCAGUCGGUGUACGUGCCCAGGGGAGCCCAGGGAGCUGUGGCUGAUGGCAGAGCUCCUGUCCCACCGCUCAGCAUUGUUCAUUCCCCACAGGAGGAAUUGUAUGAAGUCAGUGGGCUCUCCCCGGGAGGUCUGAGCUACACGGACGCACGGUCAGACUCCAUAUCCACCAGGCUCUCAAACUGUGAUCCUCCUCCUUCAUACGAGGAAGCCACUGGUGAAAUCAGUCUGAGGAGGAGUGAAACUGAGCAGCAUUUGGAUCCACCCCCACAAUACGAAGACAUUGUCAACUCCAGUUCAGCCGGUGCGAUUGCUCUGUCUCCCAUCGUCACCAGUGCUAAGUAAAACAAGAGCGAUG